CUGAGAAGUCGUGUAUUAUUUAUCCAGGGCCUCCACGUGUGCUGUGUCUGGGAUGGUCUGAGCUCAGUCCUCUGAUUGGACACACCUUCUUCUCAGCUCACGCCUUUCGUAGUCUCAUCCAGACUGGGAGAGGGCGGGGCCUGCGCCACAUUUACACCCAUGAUUGGCCCAGAAUAAAAAAAUUUACAGCUUUAUCUCCGCAGGUUCGAGGACCAGGUCGCGCGUUAUAAAUAGAGCCUCCGGCCGGGGAUAACAAAAUGAGCACUGAUCUCCAAGGGAGCCGCGUCCGGCUACCGCUCCAUGAUCUUUGUGAGAAGGAUGCUGCAGCAAGCUCUUAGAGUAUCCGGCCGGAGCGCCUUCCCCAUGGUCAAGUGGAUGGAGAGAUGGGCUGAGGGCGCGUCGGCCGGUCCGGAGGGCGCCAAGCAGCAGGCGGUGAGGACGCUGGAUGAAAUGCCCGGUCCUUCGGUCGCCAGCUUCGCCUGGGACCUGUUCGCCAAACGGGGGCUGUCGAGGCUGCACGAGUUACAGCUGGAAGGAGUGCAGCGGUAUGGCCCCAUGUGGAAGGCCAGCUUCGGCCCCAUCCUGACAGUUCAUGUGGCUGAUCCGGCGCUCAUCGAGCAGGUGCUGAGGCAGGAGGGCCAGCACCCUAUGCGCUCUGACCUUUCCUCCUGGAAGGACUACAGGAAGCUCAGGGGGCAUCACUAUGGACUCCUGACAUCUGAGGGGGAGGAGUGGCAGGCGGUGAGAAGUCUCCUGGGGAAGCACAUGCUGCGGCCGAAGCAGGUGGAGGCUUAUGAUAAAACCCUGAACGGCGUGGUCAGUGAUCUCAUUGCCAAACUUCGCCUCAGCAGACGUCCUCAAGGCCUUGUCACUGAUAUUGCCAGCGAGUUCUAUCGCUUUGGCCUUGAGGGAAUUUCCUCAGUGUUGUUUGAAUCCAGAAUUGGUUGUCUGGAUCAUGUUGUUCCUGAAGAGACAGAGCGAUUCAUCCAGUCAAUCAACACCAUGUUUGUAAUGACGCUUCUCACGAUGGCCAUGCCAAGCUGGCUGCACCAGCUGUUCCCCAAACCCUGGAACAUCUUCUGCCAGUGCUGGGACUACAUGUUUGAUUUUGCAAAAGGUCACAUUGACCAGCGCCUGACAGCGGAAGCGGAGAAAAUUGCCCAUGGAGAGAAGGUAGAGGGCCGUUAUCUCACCUACUUCCUGUCCCAGACAGGCCUGCCGAUGAAGACCGUCUACAGCAAUGUCACUGAGCUGCUUCUUGCCGGAGUCGACACGAUCUCCAGCACCAUGUCCUGGUCCUUGUACGAGCUAUCUCGUCACCCCGAGGUGCAGGCCUCGCUCCGGGAUGAGGUGCUGACAGUGCUGGAGGGUCGAAGGAUACCGGAGGCAGCGGAUGUGGCUCGCAUGCCUCUCCUGAAAGCAACAGUCAAAGAAGUGCUCAGGUUGUACCCAGUUAUUCCUGCAAAUGCAAGGGUCAUCACAGAAAGAGACGUCCAGGUUGGAGGCUACCUCAUCCCUAAAAAUACUCUGAUCACCCUGUGCCACUUUGCAACAUCCCGGGAUCCAGCUGUGUUUCCAUGUCCAGAUGAGUUCCAGCCUCAUCGAUGGUUGAACAAGGAGCAGACUCAUCACCCGUACGCCUCUGUACCGUUUGGGGUGGGAAAACGCAGCUGCAUAGGUCGUCGUAUUGCAGAGCUGGAGCUGUAUCUUGCUCUUGCCAGGAUCCUAAUAGAGUUUGAUGUGAAGCCAGACCCACAGGGGGUUUCCGUGAAGCCCAUGACACGGACGCUUCUAGUCCCUGAAAAUGUCAUUAGCCUCCAGUUUAUCGAACGAUGACCUACUCUCCCAAGCUGAUCAGUUACGUGAACGUGAGUCUCUCGGCAGCGGAGAGCACCAGCAGGCGGAGUUACCACAGGAACCGUGAGCCCCUGCUGCGAGUGGUGGGAUCACAUCAGAGCGGACCUUCAACCUUCGACACAACAAAGACCAAAAAGCUCUCCCUUCCACGUAACCUUGUGUGCAGAGGCGGAACGUGUGGAAAGGGACAAACGGACGGAGGAUUAGGAGUUGACGGCUCAUCGCUGAGGUUUUCCACUGGGAGCGGUGUAACUCCAAAUCUAAUACUGUGUUUUCAAAAAAAAUCUAAUCACCAUUGAGCACUUAUUUGCACAGAGCCUACAAGCAAGCCAGUGAUCUCCAAUACAUUUCAACAUACUCUCAUUUUAUCCAGAGUCAAACGAUGUUACAUUUCAUGGAAUUUGAUGCAACAUGUACAUCAAUAUUUUGAAGAUGAUUUUUUUUCAGAAUCUGUUAACCCCUUCCUAAAUCUGAUUAUGAACUGUGAUCUCCUGCACCCUCUAAAUACUAGCAGCACACCAGCAGCAGCAAUUUCCUGUGUGUCCUGAUCGUGCAAACAUUUCAUUUCAAGAGCGUUCCUGUAUAUGUUAGUCCAGUGUACUACGAAGCGCAUUACAUGUCUCUUUAAGUCUGAGAUACACAGUGCACUGUAAAUUAUUCAGGAUAUUAGCAGAGCCUCAGCCUAGCACAUGGAGACACUGUUUCUAAUACCUCUGGCUCUGAUUUAGCUACUGUGAGACAGUUAUGUAGAUGUGAUGUUCAAAAUCGUGAUUAAAGUGUAUUUUAUGGGGUGCUUAUGGUGAAAAACUUUUAGUGACGGGUUCCUUUAAAAAAAAAAAAAGGCAGCUGUUGAAAUUAUUCCUGUGUAGGAAUACAUAGUCCCACUGAAUUCUGAAUAGAGUAGGGUACUCUGCACUCAGGCUUUGUAAAUCUGUCUGUAUUGUCUCAUUGUUUCAAAUGUAAAUGUAUGCCACAAUUCAGCAGUGCAGCACAAUGCAAGUUUAUCUGUUUUAAUUUGUUUUUCUUUUUUUUAUAUCUAAACCUAUGAGUGAUAUACCACCAUUUUGUAAACUUGGUAAGCUUCUGUAUUUAUUUUAAUUUAAUACAUUUUGAAACUGUUACUGUAAAUGUCAAUAAAAGGUUUCAAAUUGUA